AUCAGCCAUCCCAAGGCUCCGAGACACUCUUGAAGCGUUUUAGAGUGUCCUCAAACGCCGCUGAAAUAAAGACAGAGACUUGGGGAGGAGAAUCAAUUCAUCAAAUACAAUGACACUACCAGAAAAAAAUGCGCCCUCGGAGGCGCCCUCUACCACGGCCCAGCCGCGACACGAAGAAUACCAAUACCUCGAUCUCGUUCGCGAAAUUCUGGACCAGGGCGAGCUGCGACGUGACCGGACCGGCACGGGCACAUACUCGAUCUUCGCCCCGCGCCCGCUCAAGUUCUCUCUCAACCGAUCCGGCGUUCCCAUCCUCCCCUUGCUCACCACAAAACGCGUCUUCACCAAAGCCAUCAUCGCCGAGCUCCUCUGGUUUAUCUCGGGCGACACAUCGUCGCAGACGCUCUCGUCGCAGGGCGUCAAGAUCUGGGACGGCAACGGGUCGCGCGAGUUCCUCGACAGCCUCGGCCUGACCGACCGCGAGGUGGGCGACCUGGGGCCGGUGUACGGCUUCCAGUGGCGGCACUUUGGCGCGCAGUACGUCGACGCCAAGACGGACUACACGGGACAGGGGGUGGACCAGCUGGCGCGCAUCGUGCACACGCUGCGGACCAACCCGUUCGACCGGCGCCUGGUGCUGAGCGCGUGGAACCCGGCCGACAUGCCGCGCAUGGUGCUGCCGCCCUGCCACAUGUUUGCCCAGUUCUACGUCUCGUACCCGCGGGGGACCCGCUCGCGGAACGGGGAGGAUGAGAAGAAACAAGGCGGGCGAGGAGCGGACGAGCCCGUCAAGGGCCACCUCCACUGCCAGCUCUACCAGCGCUCGUGCGACAUGGGCCUCGGCGUGCCCUUCAACAUUGCCAGCUACGCGCUGUUGACGCACAUGCUCGCGCACGUGUGCGACCUGGUGCCCGGCUCGCUGACGCACGUCAUGGGCGACGCGCACGUGUACCUGAACCACGUCGACGCGCUGCGGACCCAGCUGGAGCGGGAGCCCCGGGACUUCCCCGAGCUGGAGAUCGUCAACGACAGGCUGGAUGAGAAUGGAGAGAGGAGUAUCGAUGGGUGGAGGCCCGAGGAUUUCGUCAUUAAGGGGUAUAAUCCUCACAAGACGAUCCCGAUGGAGAUGUCGGUCUGAAGGAGGCUAUGUGGGGGUUAAGUGUGCGGGAGAGGGAUUUGCGUAUCCCGGGUCUUGAAUGCCUACCUGUUUCUGUUGUGUUAUGAUGCAUUUUUUGUAUGUUAGACUGUUUUGCCAUGAUGUAUCUGAUAGAGGCAGGUCCUUUAGCGAGCGAGCAAGCCAAAGAUCUUCUCAAGGCGCAACAGGGAGGGCGGGAAGCCUACGGUAUCGAUUCAGCUCCUGUGGGAGGCGAGCCACGCACACAACAUUUUGAUAUCUCAACUGCAUCUAACCCUACAUCAGCUGUUCCCAAGACUUACAGCGAGUAUCCUAAACAUCCUUCUCGAGGUUUGGGAAAGAUUGACAGUAAACUCGA